ACUUUUUAUUCAAAUGACAAUAAGUAGUACCCACUCAAACAAUGUCUCUGGACGUCGAAUUAUUCCUGACAAUUUCCAUGUAUUGCCUAGUUGGACUUGUUCUUGGAGAAAUAAUAUUCAGAGUUUAUGACAUUUACACAAAUUAUGUACGUGGGCAAAACAUAUAUGAGCAUAUAAGACGCAAUCAGCCAAAUUAUCAGUGUUACACUCUUUUGUUUGAGUCGAAAAGUGAUCAUAUUAAGUUUAUCCAAGCUGGUGGAGGUUUAGACUAUGGGAGUGGAAUGGCUCAUAGUUAUUUUUAUGGAUAUUUAAAUAAAAUUUUGCCCGAUAAUGGUGAUGAUAAUGUGGGCAUCAGAGAGAAUAUUGAAAAAUACGAGGCAAAUGAAAAUAUUACAAUACCUGUGAAAAAAUUGUUUAUUUUAAUCCCGCUCUCAAUGUAUUUUUCUCCAUCGCUGGUUACCCAUGCGCCUCCUGGUAUGAUGGAAGCUUGCAAGUCUCUAGAAUCGAUACAACGGAAUGUUGCUGGAAUCAUAGGACGAUCAUAUAAAAUUCUGUCUAUAAAAUUCAUUUGUCUGAAAUGGAAGGCCAUGUGCAGGAAAAAGCCAUUGUAUGUGGUUGCUGAAGGUGCAACUCCAUUACAUACACUAUAUCAAACAUGUAUAGGAAAAGCACCUUGUUCAGGAACUGAAAAUUUGGCAGAGCUAUUGGUGGAGCGUGUAAGAAAGUCAGAUGAAUAUAGUACAAGCUGGUUGUGA